CUGGCUCAGGCGAAUUUAGGCCUAUUGACGCGAUAGUUCAAUUGUCGUUUGUAAUCGCUGACACGUCGCAAUAUGUGUGCCGAAAGUGUAGAGGAAGUUUGAAGUCGUGGGUACAAGCGAGGCAUAAAGCAAGCAAAAUUGAGAAAGAGCUGGAAGAAAUAUCUGCAAGCUCCGCUUCUGACAGCAGGAAAGUUGCUUCUGUCAGCCACAGUAUACCAAAUCAACAUGAAAAACACGAGCCAGUGACGGAAUGUAAAGCAGUCCAAACUAACUUAUCAUUUCCAAUUGAAACUGAAUCGAGUACAAGCGAUACUGCAUGUUGCUUAUGUUCAUGUGUGUUGGCCGAGUGGUAA